AUGGAUCCUCAAACGUCUUUUCGUCUUCCACUUCUAUUAAGGCAGAGCAUGAAGCGUGCAUCAUUGUCUCCUAAAAUUGUGGAAAGACUAAAUAGAACGAUUGCGUUCAAAGAAAUCAAUGAAACUGAUCAAAGCUUCAGAGAUACGAGGACAAUCCAAGAAUUAUCCCCACGAAUUUGCAUGAGACUUAAUCCUGGAUACAGGCAAGAGUAUUCAAUGGCAAGAAGUGAAAUGAAGAAUAGAUUUAGAGACCAUUCCAAAGGAAGAAAUCACGCUGUUGAUAAGUUUUUCCAUAAGAAGAAGGAUGAGAUGGUGACUUAUACUGAGAAUUUCUUAUCGCUAUAUUACUUAUAGAGAAAACCGGGGCGUUCCCAAAGCCUAUCUCUACCUGCAUCGCCUUUGUCACCUUCUCGCUAGCUUUUAAACGACCUUAUAAAGAGUUCUUCUGCCCAACAAGUGCCUGCACAUGAUUCCUGAUAGUUAGAUGAGUUGUGUCAUCAUUUCUUACGUCAUCAAAGGCUGCCUGCUAUGGCAAAUUAAAAGGUUGAUGUUGGCCAAAUGGAAAUCCAAGAUCCAGGGCAUAACUUCUUGGUUUCAUGCUAAAAAUGGGAUUGACCAGGAAAUAUACCACUGACACAGCGGAGAGAUCCGUUUCCAACUCUGGGCUCCAUUCCUCUCUGGAGGCAAAAACUUGGCAUUGGAGUAAAGCAUGUGGUCGGCUUAGCUAAAAUUGCGCUUCACCAAACCAAAAAAAUGGCCGGAUAUAUUCCCAAUGCCAUCCUACUUUCCUCAAGGUUCCUAAACACCCUGUGGGAUGUCAGCUAAAGGAAUUAAGAGGGUGAGUUGAUUCGCCACACCAUUUUAAUGGAUAUUAUAUGAGAAUUUCUUCCAAAAAUAAAAUUUUGCAUGGAAAGAGAUAAAAAAGGGCUAUUUGCUCUGCGAUUUUUUAUAGGGAAUAUUUCUCGAAGACAAUUUCUAAUUGUUUCUUACCAAAUGAGGGAAGGGUAGGGGAGGGACGGUCUACUUAAAUGAGGCCGGAAAUCCGAUUUUAUCGACUCGCCUUUAUGGCGAGUUGAUUAAUGUAUCUUACCAGACAAUUAUUCAAAAAAACGUGAAAUUUCCUUCAAAAAAAAUCGUCCAAAUUAAGCACUAGCAUAAAAACUAUGCACCUAA